AGGUGAUUUUCUCAUUCUCGCCAUUGGACGGAGGAUCGUAGAAAGGUAUUUUGUCCGGUGUAUUAUCGUCGUUUGGAACACUCACGAUGGCUUCCCGUCGUAUCGCCCAAUCGAGCGUUAACUGGGCCGCACUGGCCGAGCGUGUGCCGGCGAACCAGAAGGCCAGCCUUGCCGCCUUCAAGACGAAGAGCGACAAGUAUUUGCGCAGUGUCACGGCCAACCCAGAAACGGCGCCGAAGAUUGAUUGGGCGUUCUACAAGAAGAAUGUCCCCGUCGCCGGCAUGGUGGACAAGUUCCAGAAGGCCUACGAAGCGCUGCAGAUCCCGUAUCCGGCCGACAACGUAAGCAAACUGGUGGAGGCGCAGGAGAAAGAAGUGCAGCAAGAGAUUGCCAAGUUCGUCAAGGCAUCGGAAGCUCGCAUUGCCGAUCAUCAAGCCCAGAUCGCUACCCUGCAGUCGCUGCUGCCGUUCGAACAAAUGACCAUGGAAGACUUCAAAGACUCGUUCCCCGAUCAAGCUGUGGAUUCCGUCAACCGUCCAACGUUCUGGCCCCACACUCCGGAGGAACAGGAGCCUGGUGCACCGAAUGCUGAGCCUCACCACUAAAAUUGUCCGAGUGUACAGUAGCACGGUCGUUAGUGACACAAGGUAUCGCUGCUACCGGCGCGCGUAUCCGGAUUAGAAAUAAAGCAGUCUGAAGUUUACUAACUCCCCA